UCGCAUGAGCCAACUUGGGCAGAACUUUGGAAACGCAUUCGUCGGCUCUCGCCCUAUUUGUGGCCACACAAGAAUGGAUACCUCCAAUUGCUUGCCAUGUUGUGCAUCUUCAUUCUGGUGCUUGGCCGUGUCAUUAACCCCGUCAUGCCGAUUGUUCUUGGUGAACUUGUUAGUGUUCUUGAAGGUCAAUCGAAGAGAUCCCCUUGGCCACUCUUGUUUGGAUAUGUCGGCCUCCGAUUCUUGCAAGGAAGUGGCGGGUUAGCUGCGAUUCGUGACGUACGUUAUUAUUGUCUUUGGGCCCCAGUGAUGCAAUAUUCCGAUAGCGAAAUGUCCCAGCUAUCCUUCGACCAUCUGCUGAAUCUUUCUUUCGCCUGGCACACUCGCCGUAAGACUGGAGAAAUUUUGCGCGUUCUUGACCGUGGUGCCGCCAUCAAUCACACAUUUGAGCUCCUCUUAUUCAACAUUGCUCCGACUUUUGUUGACAUAUUAGUGGCUCUCGUUGCCUUUUGUAUCCUCUUUGAUUGGACCCUCGCAUGCGUGAUUUUCCUCGUCAUGUUUGCAUAUGUUGCGGCAAGCGUGAUUCUUACUCAGUGGAGAACCAGGCUCAGACGCCAGAUGAAUGAUCGUGAUGUUUUGACUCGCGGAAUCCACACUGACUGUCUUCUCAAUUACGAGACAGUCAAGUACUUCGGGGGAGAAGAACACGAAGGAGGCCGAUACAGGGAAGCUAUUCGGGAAUACCAGGCUUUAGAAUAUAAGGUUAUCGUCUCCUUGAACCUCUUGAAUUUGGUCCAGAAUUCCAUCAUCACCAUCGGUCUAUUGAUUGGAUCUUUAAUCGUCGUUCGUGGGAUCAUCGCCAAGGGAGAACCCCACGCUAGCAAAUUUGUCAUAUUUAUCACCUAUCUCGCACAGUUGUAUACACCUUUAAAUCAGCUGGGCUACAUCUAUCGAUCAGUAAAUCAGUCGCUUGUCGACACGGAACGUCUUUUGGCAUUAUUAAAUGAACCAACGGAGGUCAACGACAAGCCUAACGCGCCAGAACUCAUGGUCACUGCUGGAGAAAUAGAGUUUGAAAACGUCAACUUUUCGUACGACUUUCGAACAACGGCGCUAAACGGAGUGUCAUUCAAGGUUCCUAAAGGUUCUUCAGUGGCUCUUGUGGGCGAGUCGGGGGCUGGCAAGUCGACCAUCUUACGGUUGCUCUAUCGAUUUUACGACCUUCAGGAUGGAGGUGGAAGGAUUUUGAUUGAUGGUCAGGAUAUCAGGGACGUAACACAGAAAAGUUUGCGCCAAGCGAUCGGUGUGGUGCCACAAGACUCCGUUUUAUUCAACUCGAGCAUUGCGUACAAUAUUGGAUAUGGAAAGUUCGGCUCCUCCUCCGAAGAGAUCGAAGCAGCCGCGAGGUCCGCCCAGAUGCACGAACGCAUCAUGAGCUUCCCAGACGGAUACGCCACAAAAGUCGGCGAGCGUGGUGUAAGGUUGAGUGGUGGAGAGAAGCAGAGAGUUGCGAUUGCGAGGACUUUAUUAAAAAAUCCUCCAAUUCUACUUCUGGAUGAGGCUACAAGCGCACUGGAUACCUCUACAGAGAAAGACAUCCAGAAAGCUCUUCAGAAUCUCAUGAAGGGAAGGUCUUCAUUGUCGAUUGCCCACCGCCUCUCCACCAUUGCCUCUGCGGACUUAAUCUUGGUCCUUAAGGAUGGCCAUAUCGUCGAACAGGGCACACACAAAGAGCUGAUGGCUCUCGAUGGAAUAUUCGCUUCGAUGUGGGCCGAUCAGGUUUCUUCUACUGAGGAUCCUCCCGUCUCCAUCGGUGAA